AUGACCACCCACGUAAAAUACCCUGCGUUUAUUGGUGGUAACAUAGAGGAGGAGGAGAUGGCCCCCCAGUACUGUGUCAGCCUGGGCGUGGGGCCUCAGUGGUGCUCCGAUGCUCCCCAUGCCGCAUUGUUUAAAUUAGUCUCGCCGCACUCUCACAGCACAGAGAGCCGCGGUGUGGGGAAACAAGAAAAGCUCUCUGUGGUCGAUGAAUCCAACGUUAUUGACGAGGAGGAACUGUUGAAUGCCGCAGAACGUUAUGACAGCGUUAAGAUAUCAUUUGAGCUCCAUCUGACUGAGCUCACUGAAGCUCGAUGGGAAACACUUCUUCUGAAGAAACGUCUUUACAUUCAGGUGCCCUCCUGUCUGCUUCCUGAAGGCUCUAAGGAAGGGUUUAUCUCUCUGUUGGAAUAUGCAGAAGAAGUGCUUCACUGCACUGACAUCAUUGUCUGUAUGAAGAAAGAUCGUGCCGACAGAGCUCAACUGAUCCGAACGUUCAUGUUCCUUGGCUUCACAGUCCUGACUCCUGGACACGUGUUGAUUCCUCACAACAGUGACAACAUCAACCUCUACAUGCGUUACACCACUGAGUAGUUCACCUAAGUUGUAAUACCUUUUAUUAGCCUACUAUCUUACAUGUAUUAAUUUUUCUUUUCUCACUUGUUCUAUAAAUUACUUAGAUUUCUUCAACAAUCGUAUUCUUAGAAUCAGUUAAACAUUUAGUUUGUGUUAGUUGAAAGUUAUGUUUCAGAUGAAUUAAAAUUGUUAUUUAGUUUUAACUUACAAUAGUGUAAGUGGUGGAAACAUGUUUGGUAGCGGGGAUUAGGAUGGUUUCUCUUCGAAUUAGCCGCGUGGCAGUUUGUAGAUUGAGGGACCAAAGUCACUGACAAUCUUUUUCUUAUUUGAACUCAAUUUUCUGUGUAAUUUUACCUGACCGUAUAUUAAUACUGGCACUAAGUUAAAAAUCAUUAUUUGAGCAACUAAAUAUUUUAAUCUUAGUUUUCCCUCCAUAUCUUCAAUGGUUUUUCGAAGACAAACCAUCUUUUUUCUUAAUCUGUGCUGAGAGCUUACGACGAGACUUUAAAAAAUCAAUAAAAAAAUGUAAAAAUAAAAAAAUAAAAAAAAAUUUAUUUUAAUACAUUUAUCUUAUAGUAGUUCGUAGAUUUUGGUUUGCUUUGUUUAUGUUUAAGAGUGGUUUCCUUAUAUUAUGUAGUAUAUACCAUUCCAGAGUUAUUUUUUGCCUCAGUUAUAGUAAUCAAGAGGCUGAAAAGUGACAAGGUUUGUUCUGCUUUGUUUUUAUCUUAAACAUUGUUUUGGAAUGUUCUGAACAGAUUCAGUUAAUUUCAGUUUCACGUAACUUUUGUUAAGUCUGUGUGUGGUGGUUCAUUGUUGAUUUUCCAUGAGCAAUAUAGUUAGUUGGUAUUCUAAAACAUUUUAUACUUUUUAAUGUGAUCAUCAAGAAAAUAAAUCAAGAAAAGCGUUGCAUGUAUGUUAUAUUUUGCUUAGUUUACAGUUAUUUCCACAGUUAUAUAUAUAUUGUAUAAGCUAUUUAACACAUUUAUUGAUAACAUGGAAUUUAUUUAAUGUAGUCAGGUGCAUAUGUCUAAUAAACAAUAAAAAACACAA